AUGAGUCGGGCCCGCCGUCACCUCCUAGGCGCUUGCCUCGGGGCUUUCCUGUUACUCCUGCUUUACCGCUAUCAUCGCACAAACGACGUUCUCUCGACCCCUCCACAUGAUACACAAGUCAUUCUGAAUGGUCGAAUCAACCCAAAAUAUCUAUGGAGAAAGCUGCCUGUACGAUAUCCAGUUGUUGAAUUUCAGCCAUUACCUGUCGCCACACUGCCCCAGACGCUACCCAAGGUCCAACCAGCAGAUUUCAAAGUAUCCCAUCUCAUUUUGGACCGCCAAACUAGCAGACAGUCGGCCGCAAAACAAGCAUUUGAACGAUGUUGGAAGUCAUAUCAGUCGAUUGCUUGGGGUGCAGAUGAGCUUGCGCCUCUAAGUGGUAGCCCUGAAAAUAAGUUGGGGGGAUGGGGUGCUACGCUAGUUGACAACCUUGACACACUGUGGAUUAUGGGAAUGCACGAUGAGUUCAAAAAGGCCGUGACUUUGGUCACACAUAUCAAAUUUGAAACUACACAGUCGCCCGAAAUCAAUACUCACGAUGUCAACAUCCAUUUACUUGGAGGCCUACUGGCAGCAUUUGAUCUCAGCGGCGAUCAGAAACUGCUGGAAAAGUCCAUAGAGCUGGGCGAUAUGCUUUACGCUGCCUUUGAUACCCCGAACAGAAUGCCCAUCAUACAUUGGAAUACACAUAAAGCUGCCCGCCAAGAGGAGCAGCUUGCAGAGGAGAGUGUACUCGGCGCAGAGCUAGGGUCGUUCACAUUGGAAUUCACAAGGCUAUCUCAGAUCACCGGUGACCUAAAAUACUUCGACGCGGCUCAUCGGGUGAUGAAAUUGUUUGACAGACAGCAGGACGCUACCAAACUGGCAGGUCUGUGGCCUGUCUCCGCGAAUGCCAGAGAAGAACUUUUCGACGACGAUGUCUUCACACUGGGCGCCGAAGCAAGCUCUAUGUACAAGUCGCUAACCCUAGCAUACGCUUUGCUAGGAGGCCUCGAGCCCAUGUAUCGCAAGAUGUACGAAAAUGCCACGCUCACAGCCGCCGUAUACAAUCUAUUCCGACCAAUGAAUCUCGAGGGCAAGGGCGUGCUCGUUUCUGGUACUGUUCGAGUGGCAAUAACAGAUAAUGGAAAUUCGCAAACAUACCUAGAGGCACAAAUGCAGUACCGAUCUUGUUUUGCAGGGGGUAUGUUUGCACUAGGAGGCGCACUGCUCAACAUCCCCACCCACCAAGAAAUCGCCCACAAGUUGGUCGAUGGAUGCAUAUGGGCUCACCGGGUCAUACCACUGGGGAUUAUGCCCGAAACCUUUGAUGUGGUUCCGUGUGCAUCGCAGACAAACUGUCCAUGGAGCGAGUGGCUCUGGAAGCAGGAGGUCUGGAAAAAGGCGAACAGCCUCGAGCCAGAACCAAAUCCAAAUCUCAACGUUGAUACUUUCAUUAGAGACCACCGUUUGCCCAAAGGGAUUAUCGGAAUCCCGGACACUGCUUAUAACUUGCGCCCGGACGCGAUCGAGAGUAUGUUUACUCUAUACCGCGUCAGUGGCCGUGAGGAUCUGCUCGAUGCAGCUUGGGAUAUGUUCCAGGCAAUGCAAGGUGCGACGCAGACGAAGAAUGGCAACGCGGCCAUCUUUGCCGUCACAGAUGAGGGUAGUGGACUGACCCCCAAAGACUCGAUGGACAGCAUGUGGAUGUCGCAGACCCUCAAAUAUUUCUAUCUCAUAUUUAGCUCUCCAGACCUGACCAGUUUGGAUGAGUUUGUUUUCAAUGCUGGAGGACACCCGCUGAAACGCCCGAAGGCAUCAUGA